AUGGAUAUAGAAAAAUGCAAAUGCUACUACGAAAUAUUAAACGUUGAAAGUACUGCGACGGUAGAGGAAAUCAAAAAGAGUUACAAAAAAAUUAUUCUUCAGUACCACCCAGAUAAGAACUCCCAUUUGUCCGAGGAGGAGCAGAAGAGGUGCACAAAUAUAUUUCGGCAAGUUCAGGAGGCAUAUGAAUGUUUGGUGGACGAGCGGAGGAGGAAAUGGUACGACAGAAAUCGGGUGCGAAUCAUUGCAGGAAAGGAAAGUGAGGAAAAGCGGGAGCAAAGCAGGCAAGCAGGAAGAAGAAGUGGGAGCGCCGGAAGUGAUAGAAGCGGUGGAAGUGGUGGAAGCUUCGGAGGAGCCACCUCGGGUGUAAACCUCUGGGAAUAUUUCAGCAGCAGUUGCUACGAAGGAUUUAAUGACAAAGAUGAGAGGAGCUUUUACAAUGUGUAUAGAAAAUUAUUUGAAGAAAUAAUAAAAGAGGAAAAUGAAGAGCUAAAUAUGUAUAACCGUUACGGUAGGAAGGGAGAGAAGGGGGAGAACCAAGUGAAUGCUCCCUCCUUUGGGAACUCCCAAUCGGGGGGAAAACAAAUAGAUGAGUUUUACUCCUAUUGGGCUAAUUUCUCCACCGUUAAAAAAUUUGACUAUUCGUAUGAAUAUAUGAAAAUGUUUGAGCAAGAAAAUAGACACGUAAGACGAAAUUUGAAGAAAGUGGCUGAAAAGAGAAGCCUAAAGGAGAGGAAGGAGUUCAACGAAAAUGUGAGGUCUCUGGUGGAGCAUUUGAAGAAACACGAUGUGAGGUACCUCAACAGGGUUGUGGAGUUAGCCGAGGAGAAGAGGAAACGGCUAGAAGAAAAGGAGAGGCAGCGUAGAGAGCAGAUACUUCAGAGGAAGCUGCUGUUUGAGCAGAAUGAGGAGAAACGGGAGGACCCCGGGGGGGAGGAAGCAUCGGAGGAGGAGCAACCCUGUGGCUAUUCCUCGAGCAGCCAACAGGGCCACCGCGAAGCGGGGAAGCACCGUGCUGGUCGCGGGGGCCAACGGAACGACGACUCGUAUUGUGAAGAGGGAGAAGCCGGGGGAGGCGACAAAGAUGAGGACAACCCCUACGGCGAAAUCAUCUACCGGUGCGAAGUGUGCAGGAAGAACUUCAAAAGCAUGAAGCAGUACAGCUCGCACGAGAAGUCCAAGAAGCACGUGAGCAACUUUUUGAAGCACGCCAAGAGGUAUGCCUUGGGGGGCAUUUUCGGCGCCGGGGGGGCCGAGUCGCAGGGUAAGCGGGUGGAUGGGCAGGCGGACGAUCAGAUGGAUGACCCGAUGGAUGAUCAGAUGGAUGACCCGAUGGAUGAUCAUAUGGAUGAUCAUAUGGACGGUCAGAUGGACGACCCGAUGGAUGAUCAGAUGGAUGACCCGAUGGAUGAUCAGAUGGACGACCCGAUGGAUGAUCAUAUGGAUGAUCAUAUGGACGGUCAGAUGGACGCCCCUAAUAACCCACAAAGCGAUAACUCGGAGGGGCGCGCUCCCCUGGGCGCCCCAAAGUCGAAGGCGAAAAAAAAGAAAGACAAAAAGGGCGCGGCCCCAGAGAAGAACCUGCCCGAGUGGGUCAACUCCGCCUCGGAGUCCUCACACCUGGAUGAAGACGUCUUGUCAUGGUACAAAGGGAAGAAGCGGAAUCGAAACAAAUUGGUGCAUUCAACGGAAGAAGAGGGCAUGCCAGACGCAACAGAAAGUUUGCAGCGGGAGGGGUCUCCUCAGCAGGACGAUUCUGCACAGCGGGAGGGGUCGCCUCAGCAGGACGAUUCUGCACAGCAGAAGGCCCCCUCGCAGGCCGCAAACGAAACGGACUCGAGCGACGACUAUGCAUCUUCCAAGCGAAAAAAAAAAUCGCUAAAGAAAAAAAAAAAAAAAGAAGGUGUUAACAGGAAAGAAAACGAAGAAAAAGACUUGGAGGAGCCGAAGGAAGACAGUAAGGACAUACGCGGAAAAGCAAAUUCGAAAAGUAAAAUUAAAGAAAGUACAAAAAGUCUGGUGUGUAAAAUGUGCAGGGAAACAUUUGACUCGCGAAAUAAAUUAUUUGCACACAUACAGAAGGAAGGGCACGCAGCAAAUAAGGUUGUUGCUGACGUGCCUGCAAAGGUGAAUAAAAAUAAAAAGGGCAACAAGAGGGAGAAACUGCCAUAA